GCAGAGCCCCAUUCGCAAGCGGCGCUUUCACAGCAAAUUGCACACUUACUAGAAAAAAAGCACCGGGCCAGCGGACAACACAGAGAGCUGCGAGCGGCUUAACUGCGGAGUCUACUGAUUGGUUAACAAGAACGGAGCCUUUCCAAGUAACGAUGCAGGAGAUUCUUGAGAGAAUGCGUUCGGUGAACAAUGAGUGAGGAUCUGUCGCGCUCGAAGAAAACAUGUUCCUGUGUUUGUUGCAGAAAGGAAUCGUAUCUCAUUAAAUCAUGAGUAAGGAGGUGGCCAUGAAUGUGAGCUGUCAACUGCCUUACGAGCACGACAGGAUCCCCUUGGUCAUCCUGUACAGCGCCGUGGUCAUUAUCGGACUCCCAGCGAACCUGGCGACGGUCUACCUCACAUUUCUGCAGGUUCUGAGAAAGAACGUGCUGGGAAUUUACCUCCUGAGCCUGUCCCUGUGUGACCUAAUGUAUCUGUGCACGUUGCCUUUGUGGACAAUAUACGUCACCACCGGUCACGUUUGGCACUGGAACUCCAUGGCCUGCAAGGUGACGGGCUACGUGUUCUUCAACAACAUGUACAUCAGCAUUUUCCUGCUGUGCUGCGUCUCUGUGGACCGCUAUGUGGCGGUGGCGUACGCUGUGGAGUCCAGGGGUCUGAGGCGACAGAAGCACGCUGGGAUCAUCACCUGUAUCAUCUGUGUGAUCGUGGCGGUCGGACACUGCCCUGUCUUCAUCAUGAAAGAAGGGGAAACGGAAGGGAGGGAGAAGAAGUGCUUUGAGCCUGGGCAGAACACAGCAAUGGUGACGGGGUUCAACUACGCCCGGUUCUUCAUUGGCUUCUUCAUUCCCCUGAUCAUCCUAGUCGCCACGAACCGCUCCAUUCUCGCAAACAUUCAGGCCAGUGCUGGGCUGCAACAGAGGCAGAAGGUGAAGGUGAAGUACUUGGCUAUCACCGUGAUAGUCCUCUUCCUGGUGUGCUUCGCUCCCUACCACAUCAUUCUCUUACUUAGGGCAGUCAUGUUUCACUUCACAGAGAGCGGCAGCUGUGACUUUGAGAUUCAGGUGUACACACCCUACACGAUCUCCCUGGGGCUGUCCACCUUCAACAGCGCCAUGAACCCCAUCCUCUACGUCCUGGCCAGCGACAACAUCCGCAAGGAGAUCCGGCGAGGCCUGUCGGGCCUGAGGAGCCAACCCAGAUGCACUGACAGCAGUCUGCCCAAAAUACAGAACUCCAAAAACUCUGAUGUCCCAAUGCGCGAAAACAACAGCACAUGAGGGCACACGCCCUCUCUUUCACAGGAUAUGGCUUCAUACCUUUCGCUGCAGCACAUCUGUGGCUGAAAAGCCACACUUGUCAUAAGUGAACGUGCAGUUUAAUUAGCUGUCACAUCGUGUGCGGCCGCUUUCUCAUCUGAAGUUGUUUGCAAUUUUGUUUUCUCUUAGGUAAUCAUUUUCUGCAUCUGUGAAAGAGAAGGGGUACUUGAUUGAUUGUCUGGCUUAAUUCAGGAAGCAGUAUGCUGCAAAAAAUGGGGGUAAAGUUUCCCAUAUUACCCCCACAGACACGCUGAGUUGUGAAACGCUUCUUCUUCCCUUCAAACCAAGCUGUGUAUUUUAUCAGGUGCGGUAGAAAACAAAACGUAAAAAAGUAUCCAAUUAGAUGUGUCCAAACCAGGGCACUUCUGUAGUCUGUUAAAUUAUUUAAACAUUGAAAUGCAUUCAUAUAUGUGUAUGUAAGUGUAUAUACUGUAUCUGUGCUGUGAAAAGGAAUCAGAUAUUCAUAAAAUAUAUUUGCACGUCUGAACACAAACUGUUAUGCUUGUAUCAGUCAACAUUUACUGCUGAGAAGAAACGAGGAGAGCUUGUCUCCCUGAGCAUUACACAAAUAUACUGCACCACCUCUCCAGGAUGUGUCUGUACAGUAGGAAAGAAUACAUCUAUCCCUCCCGCCCACGUACUCUUUUUUUGUACACCAUAUUGAGAGCCAAUGCAUGUGGAUGGAGGAACAGGAGACACGCCAAUAAUUUCCUGUUUGAUGAUUAUGCAAAAGAAUGUAAAGCUGUUGAAGGAUAGUAUCCACAUAUAAUGAUGUUCAAGGAGAAUCAUUGAGCUUGUUAAAUUUAAUAAGAAAUUGGUAUUAGAAGGUAACAGCUGUGUUUAUGCAAAAAAGUGUUCAUUAUCAUUGAAACCGAAUGGUACUGCGACAAAGGAAAGGCUGCUUUGUAGCGUCUUGUGUUGCAGUGGGAACACCCAAAGCUAACAUUAAAGAUUGUAAUGCUAAUGAUGAUAAGAAAACAGGAUUACCUCUCCACAGCAGAUGGAUACCUGUUGUCGUGUUUUAUAGAGGUCUCGUAAACAAGUCAACACCACUUUUACUCAUGUUGAGCAAGUUAAUAGACAAAUUGGUAAUAAACUUACUCUACUGCUUCAUUGGGACAGGAUGGACUGCCAUCUUUAGCUCACAAAGGCUGAAAUGGGUCAAGCAGCUACUGUAUACAGUCUUAUUUCCAUAGUGUGUUAGGGUGAGUGCAUAAACACAUGCAUGCGUGUGUGAGUGUAAAAUACGGGGUUUUAAAAUAAAUGUGUAAUGUGUGAAAGUUAUAUCUGCCCUUACUUGAGCAUCGAGUCAGGAGUGUUGUAUCAAAAGGUUACAGAUUUAAGCUAAUCUUAAAAAAAAUUAGUUUCAGUGACCUAAACCAAGACUUCUACAUAUCCGGCCUUGAAAAUAAAUCAAACAUGCUGUUCUAUUUUCUGCUAUAUUAGUGCUGUAUAUACCUGUUAUCAUUUAUGUCUUCAUAACGUAAUUUUAGUGUACUAUCCUCAUUACACCUGAGGUUAGAAAACUCAUCGUCUUACUUUUUCUUAAAACACAUCUUUGUUUUGAAUGAAACAUACAUGUGUUUAAAGUUGAUUGAACAGAGGGUUACUUCAUGUCGUGGGCUACAGUACCUCUUAUCAAAUUCAACCUACUCAAUACUCCAAAAGCAUAUUUAAUUAUAGAUAAAUGCUGACAGGUGUGGUUAACCUAAGGCGGGGUGUUACAUGCAAUCAAGGAAACAGAAAAAGCGGAAAGAAAAAGCUGUUAAACAUGACUUAAAAUGUCCAAGCUGGCAACAAGUUUAUUUCAUACUAUUAUUACAUCUUGGAAUGCCCAAAAAAGAGAAUUCAUUAUUGCUGAUCUGAGGAUGCCAUUGCAGAUUAGGUGAGGAGAAAGAUACAUUAUAUAUCGAUGCUUAGUAUCGAUAUAUAUAAAGUAUAUAAAUUCUUAUAUUGUUUCUAUUUAGGAAAUACCAUGUAGAGAUUUUCUGUGAGAAAAGCUUUUGCUGUGGGUUGUUAACUGAUCUAAGCAGAUUCUACCUCGGAAUUUCUGUACGCAUGUUGGUCUGCAAUCUUUACAUUCAGUGAAGUAACUAUACAGUACCUGCACUGAUUUUUAUCUGAAGAUAACACAGUCGCAAGUACUGUAUUAAUCUGCCAUCUCUGUGCAUCUGAACUGUGCUCACUUGACAAUGUUUUCCUUUCAGCCCUCGGGCUCUUGUCUAAUUAUAGUAAUAUAAUUCACUUUAAUAGAUUUUGAACAUGCCCUCAGUGCUAAUGCACUUUCUGGGGUAUUAUGAACCCCUGUUAUUUCAACAUAAUACUGUAAGUGUUGAAAUUGAGCCACUUAUUUUGAUUACUGUCUUCUAAUUUGUCUUAUUGUUGAUUAAAAAGGUAAAAAACAAAACAAACAAGAAUUCUUACUGCCAAUGAAUAGAUAUUUGAGCACUAAGACAGAAAAAUUACAACUUUUCAUUAAUCAUAAUAAAAGGGGUUGUUUGAAAUUUCCAUUUUGGAAGUUAUUGACAUUAAUGCAUUAUCCAUUUUUAUGUUUGUAUUUUAAUGUUUUUUUUUUUAAAUAAACCAUCACUUUCUGGUAUUAGUAAAAAAAAAACACUUACAUAUUCCAAUAUGUAUGGGCGGAGCGGUGGUUCUGUGGCUAAGGAUCUGCACCUGUGGCUGGAAGGUUGCUGGUUCAAAUCCUGCAGCUGGCAGAGGA